AUGGUGAAGGUGUUCCUCGGCAAUAUGCCGUUUGGCGACGAAGCCGUUAUCGAAGCUGGCAUCCGCAGCUUGUUUCAAAAGUUUGGCAAGAUGGGGCAGGUGAUUCUCAAGAAAGGGUAUGGGUUCCUGGACUUUCCCGACCAACGGGACGCCGAAGAAGCUGCUCGAGUGAUGCAUGACGUGGAAUUCCGUGGACGAAGGCUUCGUGUGUCCUUGGCGCACACGGACGGCGAGCGCAAUCGGAACCAAGGUCCUGGUGGUGGAAGCAGUCGCAGUGUCGAUCGGCCGCCCCCUGUCCAGGACACACACACGAGCUUAUUUGUGGCCAAUAUCCCCUCGGACACGACCAUUGAUCGCUUGAAGGACUUCUUUGAGAAGUUUGGACGAGUGGGCAACGUGAAAGUCCUGCCCCAAAAAACCAACAACCCCAACAUUUCGGCCUUCAUCGACUUUGACGAGUACAAUGCCGCCGCCCGGGCCCACGGGACGGACUUGAAAUUUGAAGGCGCAUUCCUCCGGACCGACUUGAGCUCGAAUCGGAGGGACAUUCAUGGUCCCCCCAACGACCGUCGUGACGACUACGAUCGGCGAUCAAACCACUUGGACGAUCGUGGCCGCGACCCCAAUCGUCGCCGCGACCCUUCCCCUCCCCCACGUUUCACCCGUUCGCGCUCCCGCGAUCGCUCUCGUGGACGUCGAGAUGAACCCCUUCGUCGUCCGGACGACCGGUUUCGUCCACUUGAUGACCGUCGAGACGGUUUGCUCCGGGAUGACCGCCGCGAUUCUCCACGCGACGAUCGCCGCGACUUUCCUCGAGGCGAUGACCGCCGUGAUCUUCCCCGUGGUGACGAACGCCGAGGUCCUCCUCCUCUCCGUGACGACCGACGGGGUGACCGUUCACCAGGCUUUCAACCUCCCAGGGGUGUAGGCCGAGCAUUGUACGUCUCGUCGACUCCUCGAUGCACAUCUGACCCCGUGGGGUCGACCUCGUAG